GUUCUAAGUCUGUUCAGGCGACCAGACUCGCUGCAUGUGUACCACGUGACAACGGUUCCGCGUUGGCUUCUGAUCUCGCCGGUGAACUUUGUCACUAAUUUCCUUUUGAAAGUGACGCUAAAUCGAAAUUGGGCCAGAUGAAGCACAUCACCCGGUAGAUCCGAUAAGAUAUGAAUGAGUAUGUGAGCUUCACGAGUGUGAGCGCUGGGCCAUUGCACGAUGUCGGGUACUGAGAUGGACCAAGUUGCAGCUGAAAUUGAAUCUGGGAAUGGACUUCAGACUCCAUUCAUUCUAGAGGAAUGCGAGCGAAGGGAUCAGCCUCUGAGAGCGGUGCUGAUUCAGAAGCUGAAAAAGCAAUGUGUCUGCAGCCCAGCUCGUGCAAAAAACCUGCUCCUAGACUCUGUGCCCAUUUUGAAAUGGCUGCCAAAAUACCAGAUCAAAGAAUGGCUAAUAGGUGACAUGAUGUCAGGACUUAUUGUGGGUAUCUUGCUGGUUCCCCAGUCCAUCGCCUACUCAUUGCUGGCAGGCCAGGAUCCCAUCUACGGCCUUUACACCUCGUUCUUCUCCAGCAUAAUUUACACUCUGCUUGGAACAUCCAGGCACAUCUCAGUGGGGAUCUUUGGAGUGCUAUGCUUGUUGGUGGGCCAGGUGGUGGACAGGGAGUUGACGUUGGCUGGAUAUAGUACCGAUCCAUUGGAAAACAUCACCAGCCUGGAAAACCACACAAUCCCACACUGUGACCGUAGCUGCUACGCCAUCAUCAUAGGGUCUACUCUGACCUUUACAGCUGGAGUGUACCAGGUACUAAUGGGUCUCUUCCAGGUCGGCUUUGUCUCCGUCUUCCUUUCUGACUCUCUCUUAAGUGGCUUUGCUACUGGCGCCUCUCUGACCAUUCUCACCUCACAGCUGAAGUACCUUCUGGGCCUUAAGCUGCCUCGUGCCCAAGGCUGGGGCUCAUUAAUCAAGACCUGGAUCAAGCUUUUUCAGAACCUGGGCCAAACCAACAUUUGUGACCUCAUCACCAGCAUCCUUUGCCUGCUUGUUCUGGUUCCCACCAAAGAGCUAAACGACCGCUUUAAAUCCAAACUCAAGGCACCAAUUCCGUUUGAGCUGUUUGUUGUCAUUGUUGCCACACUGGCUUCCCAUUACGGUCAUUUCCAGGAGACGUACGGCUCUGAGGUGUCUGGAGUCAUUCCUACAGGCUUCAUGCCACCACAGCUCCCAGCCUGGGAUCUCAUACCAAACAUAGCACUCGAUGCCUUCUCCAUAGCCAUUGUGGGCUUUGCCAUCACCGUGUCUCUGUCUGAGAUGUUUGCUCAGAAGCAUGGCUAUGUAGUGGAUCCCAACCAGGAGAUGUACGCCAUCGGGUUCUGCAAUAUCUUUCCAUCGUUCUUCCGCUGCUUCACCACUAGUGCCGCCCUGACGAAGACCCUGGUGAAAGAGUCCACUGGUUGCCAGACUCAGCUCUCAAGCCUGGUUACUGCUUUUGUGCUACUGCUGGUGCUGCUUGUCAUCGCUCCACUUUUCUACUCGCUACAGAAAUGUGUCUUAGCUGUUAUCAUCGUCGUCAACCUUCGUGGUGCCCUGCGGAAGUUCCUGGAUGUUUCACGAAUGUGGCGUGUGAACCGAAUCGACGCUGCCAUCUGGUUGGUAACCAUGGCUACAUCAGCGCUGGUGAACACUGAGCUGGGCCUACUGGUAGGAGUGCUGGUGUCUGCGUUCUGUGUGCUAGGCCGCACCCAAUGCGCCAGGGCACUCGAGCUGGGCCAGGCAGGGCAUCGUGAGCUCUUCAAGGACCUGAAGUCAUAUGAAAACCUCCACAAGCAGCCCGGGGUGGCUGUGUUUCGCUACGAAGCUCCCAUCUACUACGCCAACCAGACUCUGUUUAAGAAGUCUCUGUAUCGCAGUGUUGGUUUGGACCCACAGAAAGAGAAAGCCGUGCGCAAGAAGCUGGAAAAGCAGCAGAAGAAGGGGAAGGAAGACUCUGAAGGGCCCACCAGGGUUUUCCUUCCUUCUUUUCACACACUGAUCCUAGACUGCAGCGCUGUGUUAUUUCUGGACACGGCAGGAGUUAACGCUCUGAAGGAGGUGUGUAAGGAUUACAAGGAGUUUGCCGUGCGCUUAUUAUUAGCCCAGUGCAGCACGUCAGUGAUCGAUUCGCUGCACAGAGGUGGCUAUUAUGAUCCCAAGAACAACGAGAUCAUUUUUCACACUCUCAGCGAUGCUAUCCAUUACGCCCAAAGCUGUCAGUCACAGAAUGGUGACUGUAACACUAGUUGCCGAUAAAAUGCUACAUGUUUACUACACUGCACAACCGACCCCAAGUGCCUUACUGGAAUAUUUCAAACUGAUUGUAUUUGUAUUGUCUUUGGCUUCUCAGUCUUAUCCUACAUGAAAUAGUAGACGGAAUUUUAUCCUGAUUCCUGUUUGCAUUUCAUUUUUAUUAUAUGUAAAAAUGGUAUAUUUUCUUAAGAUUUGUUGGCGUUACAAAGAUGAAGUGUCAUUACUGUUACAAAGUAUUACUGAUUAUUAUGGUGCUUGUAUUUUACAAGGACA